GACUCCACAAUGAGUACCACCAUUGUGGAUGCUCUUAGGUGAAAGACAGAUAUUACAUACAAGUGUUUUGAAUUUAACACGGCAUAUUAAAAAUCCACUCAAGUUGACUUGACAAAAUGUCUACGGUAUAUCAGGCAUUCUUAAUUAAUCUGACAAUUCAACGCUCAUCAGAGUUAUUUCUGGCAAUAGUCAGUCCAAAGAAUAUCAUCAGCAUCGUCUCUGACAUCUGUCUAAGUGUUAAUAUAAAGCUCGAUAUAUAUAGCAAGCUAUAGAACAAGCGAAUGACGACCAAGACCGAGUCACCUCGAAUUCAAACAGUUACUCAACAACAUGAGAUUUGAAAAGCAUAUAAUGGAAUGAGAUAAACAAUAGUAAGUUUUAUUUCUUACCUUUUUUAUGGUCCAACCCUACAAGUUAGAUAAAAACAAGUUAGAUAUCAUUUGUUGAGGUCAAAACAAGUAUCUAUGUGAUAAGGAAUUUAGACCAUUGUUUCAUGAGGUGGCAUAUGAUGGAUAAUCACUACAUUUAUUAUUUUAAAGUCUCCGAAAAAGGAAAUACGAAAACUUAGAGAUACGCCAACUAUAUCAGAUACUACGAAGGUUCUGACAUCAGUAUUUAAUAGCCAUAGAUUAUGGGAAUCUGAAGAAAAAUAACAUCAAGAAUAACUAAAAAUUUCUGUCAAUCACCAUUUCUUCAAUGUCCAAUACUAGCGACAGAGGCGGCAAUCAAUUGGAAUAUCGGGAUUACACUUGUAAUGAAUGUAACAUCAUCAUGACCAUCCUCUCUUCUUCUACUUCUCCUUCUCCAUACUGCCCCUUAUGCAAUCUAGUUUCUACUUUUUCUUCUUCAACCCCUUUUGAAGUUGGUCCUGAUGAUCAUGAAAACGAAGACGACGAGGAACUGAUUCCAACCGUUGAAAUCUCAUCUUCAAUGUUGUGUUGUUCUUCCUCAGACGACUCUACUUUGCCUUGCGCCAUAUGCAGAGAAGAUUUCGUGAUUGGAGAAUCUGCUCGGAGAUUGCCUUGCGACCAUUUAUACCAUAAUGAUUGCAUUACUCCUUGGCUCACUAGUCAUAAUACAUGCCCUCUCUGUCGGUUCGAGCUACCAGGUGCAUCUAGUGGAGACGACAGUGGUUUGACCAUGUGGUUCGAUGCGUUGGCGUUAGAGGAUGACUUGGAAGAAGAUAUGGGAACCGUCACGCUCGAUUUGUACCAAAGUUUGGAAGGCUAGAAUUGUAUGGAUUAAUGGAAUGGUUUUAGAACAUUUUCAAAUCUAUAUAGUAAUAUAGAAUUACUUUGUUCUAAGAUAUACUUCCAAAUCUAUAUGGAUUUACCUUGUCUUAAGCGAAUAUUCAUAUAUUUAUAAAAUAAAAAAAAAAUAUUUUUUUUGGCAUCUAUAGAUUAUAUUAAAUUGAUGAACUGUAGCUCUUACAAACCUGAGCCGGCAAAAAAAAAUUUUUUUCUAGAACCAUAACCUCGUGAGGCAAAAAUUUCUCCACGGAAACAAGAUCGAAACCAAACAUACUAUAUAAAUUUUAAAAGCAAAAGUGAGCCGGAGUAUUAAGAACAUGUAGGGCUACAACAUAAUCAUUACUCAAGCGAAGCUAGCUGCAGAAAAUCCUGAUAAACGUCGGUUAAAUACCAAGGAAUAGCAUAACAACUCAGCACCAAAGCUUGGCAAUGAACAAUUAAAUAAUCAAACUCCAA